CGGACCACAGACAUGCUCAGAUUUGUCCUGUUUACCACACUCGCAGCCCUUGUGCUGUCCGAGCCCCAGCCCUCGUAUCUGGAAGACUUUGCAGAGGGAAGGGUGGUUGGAGGAGAGGUGGCCAGACCCCACUCUUGGCCCUGGCAGAUCUCUCUUCAGUAUCUGAGUGGCUCCAGCUACUACCACACGUGUGGAGGCACCCUGAUCAGGAGAGGAUGGGUCAUGACCGCCGCCCACUGUGUCGACACUGCCAGGACCUGGCGUGUCGUUCUCGGAGAUCACAACAUCUACAACAACGACGGCACUGAGCAGUAUAUGACUGUGAGCCAGGUCCACAUCCACCCUAACUGGAACUCCAACAAUGUUGCUGGAGGUUAUGACAUCGCCCUGCUGCGUCUGUCCUCUGAGGUCGCCCUCAACAACAACGUGCAGCUGGGAAUUCUGCCCCCUUCUGGACAGGUCCUGCCUAACAACAACCCCUGCUACAUCACCGGAUGGGGACGCACUCAGACUGGUGGUUCUCUGUCUUCUGACCUGAAACAGGCCUACCUCCCUGUGGUGGACUUCAAUACUUGCUCCAGCCCUAACUGGUGGGGCAGCACUGUCAAGUACACCAUGGUCUGUGCUGGAGGCUACAACGACUCUGGAUGUCAGGGUGACUCUGGCGGUCCUCUGAACUGCAGUGUCAAUGGCCAGUGGGUGGUCCAUGGAGUGACCAGCUUUGUGUCCUCCUUAGGCUGCAAUACAUACCAGAAGCCCACAGUCUUCACCAGAGUGUCUGCCUACAUCAGCUGGAUGAAUGGAAUUAUGGGCUAAUCAGAAGAGCCAUUUCCCUGGAGACUCACCAGGCUCAAACUCAAAUUCUGAAUAAAACCA